UCACCGCCCUCAUAGGAUAAAACGCACAGUCCGCUCCAUUCUUUCCCAUUCUGUUACUUACAUCCACUCUUCACUGUGGGAAAAAGUAACGUAUUUUAUUUCAUUUUUUUUUAACAUUUGUCUCUCCGUUAACGUCGACUUUUAACCAUGCGUGAGUGCAUCUCUAUCCAUGUUGGUCAGGCUGGUGUGCAGAUCGGUAAUGCCUGCUGGGAACUCUAUUGUCUGGAACAUGGCAUCCAACCUGAUGGGCAGAUGCCCAGUGACAAGACCAUUGGAGGAGGGGACGACUCCUUCAACACCUUUUUCAGUGAAACGGGUGCAGGAAAGCAUGUCCCCAGGGCUGUAUUUGUUGACCUGGAACCUACUGUCAUUGAUGAGGUACGCACAGGAACAUACCGCCAGCUGUUCCACCCAGAGCAGUUAAUUACAGGAAAGGAAGAUGCUGCCAAUAACUAUGCCCGUGGUCAUUAUACUAUUGGCAAAGAAAUUAUUGAUCUGGUACUGGACAGAAUCCGCAAACUGGCUGACCAGUGCACUGGUCUCCAGGGUUUCCUGGUGUUCCACAGCUUUGGUGGUGGCACUGGUUCUGGAUUCACCUCCCUGCUGAUGGAGCGUCUCUCUGUUGAUUAUGGGAAGAAGUCCAAGCUUGAGUUCUCAAUCUAUCCAGCUCCUCAGGUCUCCACAGCUGUGGUUGAGCCCUACAACUCUAUUCUCACCACCCACACCACCUUGGAGCACUCUGACUGUGCUUUCAUGGUAGACAAUGAGGCCAUUUAUGACAUCUGCCGCAGAAAUCUAGAUAUUGAACGCCCAACCUACACUAACCUGAACAGGCUCAUUAGUCAGAUAGUUUCUUCUAUCACAGCCUCUCUACGUUUUGAUGGAGCCCUAAAUGUAGAUCUCACAGAGUUCCAGACCAACUUGGUGCCCUAUCCCCGUAUUCACUUCCCUCUUGCCACUUAUGCCCCUGUCAUCUCUGCAGAGAAAGCUUAUCAUGAGCAGCUUUCUGUUUCUGAGAUUACAAAUGCCUGCUUUGAGCCAGCUAACCAGAUGGUGAAAUGUGACCCUCGUCACGGUAAAUAUAUGGCUUGUUGCCUGUUGUACCGUGGUGAUGUGGUACCUAAAGAUGUAAAUGCAGCUAUUGCCACCAUCAAAACAAAACGUAGCAUCCAGUUUGUGGACUGGUGCCCAACUGGUUUCAAAGUUGGUAUCAACUAUCAGCCCCCAACUGUGGUUCCAGGAGGAGACCUGGCCAAGGUGCAGCGUGCUGUGUGUAUGCUGAGCAAUACCACUGCAAUUGCUGAGGCCUGGGCUCGUCUGGACCAUAAGUUUGAUCUCAUGUAUGCCAAGCGUGCCUUUGUGCACUGGUAUGUGGGUGAGGGUAUGGAAGAGGGUGAGUUCUCUGAGGCCCGAGAAGACAUGGCUGCCCUGGAGAAGGAUUAUGAGGAGGUUGGUGUAGACUCUGUGGAAGGAGAGGGUGAGGAGGAGGGUGAAGAAUAUUAAACCAGACCUUGAAACACUAUAGAGGCAUGUAUUUGAUCAUCAGAUUUCAACUAAACGCCCAAGCUUUUUAUGUUAAGCAGAAAAGUUUGACAAUCCAUAUUUUAGUUAACAUAAUGACAUGUCAUUAUACCAUCAAUAUGCUGUCAAGCCUGGAAUAAAAUGUUUUAAAAGGUG